GCCGGCCGAGCUCAAGCCGGUCCGGCGGUUCAUCCCGGACUCGUGGAAGAACUUUUUCAGAGGGAGGCGCAACAACGGCUCCAGCUGGGACAGCGCGGCCUCCGACAUCAGGUACGUCUCGGACGGGGUCGAGUGCUCGCCGCCGCCCUCCCCGGGCCCUGUGCAGCCGGAGCCCCGGUCGGUGCCCGGCUCCUACAAGGAUCCUUACGGAGGAUCGGGCGGGAGCUACCACUCGCGGAAGGAGGCCGAGGCCAUGCUGCCCGCGGACCCCUUCGGCUCGCUGGAGAGGCGCGCUGCCAGCGGCCGGGCGUACAGCGAGCGGGUGGAGGCCUACAACCAGCGCUACGCCUACAUGAAGUCCUGGGCCGGCCUGCUCAGAAUCCUCUGCGUGGCGGAGCUGCUGCUGGGCGCCGCCGUCUUCGCCUGCGUUACGGCCUACGUGCACAAGGACAACGAGUGGUACAACGUGUUCGGGUACUCGCAGCCCUACGGCUACGGGCCCGGCGGCGCCUAUGGAGGCUACUCCUACAGCGGACCCAAAACGCCCUUCAUCCUGGUGGUGGCGGGAAUGGCGUGGAUAGUCACGAUCGUGCUGCUGGUGCUGGGCAUGUCGAUGUACUACCGGACUAUCCUUCUCGAUUCCAACUGGUGGCCUUUGACCGAGUUCGGCAUUAACGUCGCCUUGUUCUUUCUGUACAUGUCGGCUGCCAUAGUGUACGUAAACGACACCAAUCGAGGUGGGCUCUGCUAUUACCAGUUGUUUAAGACGCCGAUAAAUGCAUCUUUUUGCCGUGUAGAGGGAGGUCAGACAGCAGCGAUCAUCUUCUUGUUUGUCACCGUAAUCAUCUAUCUAAUCAGUGCGGUGGUUUCUCUAAAGCUAUGGAGGCAUGAAGGAGCCAGGAGGCACAGGGAACUAAUGGAACAGGAGAUGAAAACACAGUCCUCUUUUCCAGAAAAGAAGUAUGAAAGUGAUGACAGACCAAGAGAAGAGGUCACUUACAGGCAGCUUAAAUCAGUGGAAAGAAAACCAGAACUACUUAAUGGUCAUAUACCUGCAGGCCACAUUCCUAAACCUAUUGUGAUGCCAGACUACUUAGCGAAAUACCCAGCAAUUCAAACAAAUGAAAUGCGAGACCGGUACAAAGCAGUAUUCAAUGACCAGUUUGCUGAGUAUAAAGAACUGUCUGUGGAAGUUCAUGCUGUAUUAAAAAAGUUUGAUGAGCUGGAUGCAUUGCUGAGACAGCUACCUCACCAUCCUGAAAACAUAUAUGAACAGGAAAGGAUAUCAAAAGUUCUGCAAGAAUACAAGAAGAAGAAAAAUGAUCCUGCAUUUCUGGAGAAGAAGGAGCGUUGCGAAUACCUAAAGAAUAAGCUUUCUCACAUAAAACAAAGAAUUCAGGACUAUGAUAAAGUUAUGAAUUGGAAUGUACAAACUUAGCUGUGCCUUCACUUUGUGGAUACUAUUUUCUAUUUUUAAAAUCAAUAUGCAUAUUUUAAACUAUUUAUUUACUCUCGGAACAGUACACCUAUGGGGAUUGCUUAAUUGCUUUGUUGCUUACUUAGAUGUUGUACAUAAGUAGUAGGUUUUGUUGAUUUUUAAAUCAGUGUAAUGAAGUUAUGAGGUUUAUAAAACCUACACUAACAUUCUGCUUUUAUUAGACAGUAUACAGCCUGGCCUCUUAAAUAUGAAUACUUUAUUUGAAAAUGCUGUAUUUGCGAAGUUGCAAAGCCCACCAGAGAAAGCAGUUCUAACAACCAUGUCAAAAGUUUGCACAGAAAUGCUGUUAACCAUUCAAGAUUUUAUUUAUAGGUUACAUCUUAAUGAUACCAGAAAGAGUUGAGCUGUUCUUUCUGGCUGGGUUUUGGCAGAAUGCUUAAUCAUAUUGAAUGAUUUUGGCAAGUUGAAAAUUAGUUUAAUAAGACUUUGUGUUUUAUUUCCAAAUGCUCUGCUGUAUGUCAGAAAUUAUUUGGAAUUUCACCCAACAAGAGAUGCAAAAUAACUUUUUAUUUAAACAGCCAUAGUUGGGGGAGGAUGGUGGUGUUGCUGUUUGGUUUUGUUUGGGGUUUUUUGUUUAUUCCCCUCUUUAGAGGUGAUGCAACAAAUUUAUACACGGUAUUAAAGAAAUAGAGAUACAGGAUGAAACUCAUUUUAGUGUUCUAUUAGUGCUGCUAUAGGCCAAUAAGCUCUGCAUACCUUUUCUGGGUCAUUUUAUUAGGAAUCCAUGGAUUUAAAGGCAAAACACUUUAUUCUUCAUCAGCAAGUAACAGGACUUUUUGUCUAGGCAGCAGCUGUUUGUGAACUUGGCAUUCAGAGAGUAAGUACUGCAAAAUUAAUUCUCAUUCAAAGUAUAAAUUAUUUUUAUCCUUUAUAAGGCUAGGUAAACUGUUUUAAUAGGCAGACUUUCCAGAGCAUAUCUGCAUAAUUUCAAUAUAUAUUUUUAUAUUUUAUCUUGGGGAUAGGUUUGUAUAUGCAGAUGUUUUCAUAAGCCAGUAUAUUUUCUCUUUGUAUACUUUUUCACAUCUUUAUUUACUUUUUUUACUUUCUAAAAUUGUUAGAAGCAUUGAUAGUUUCUUUGUACAGUUUUGUACAACUGCAAUUUGUCCGUUCUGAAAUAUAUUUUAAUUUGAAAGAAAACCCACCAGUGUAGCCAUGUUAUUCUAUUGCUUAUAAAGGCAGUUUGUUAGAAAAAGGUUGCUCUGAUUAAGGUUAUUUCAAAUUUUUGUUAGCAAUCAUCUUUUUCUUUAAAAGAAAGUUUUCAACUUUUGCCUUAAUUUAAAGGCAAGACAUCAGGAAAGCUGUUUCCAGUUUAGAACAGUGAUGGUAGCACCACCUCUGUUCUUCAGUUCUGGAAAUGCAUUAAUAUACCUCUCUCUGGCAGUUCUAUCCCUUCUGAUUUUUGAGCCCUUAUCAUUCACACAGCAAUCCUGAUGGCUUCAUAUUUAUAAAGUUGACAUUCCAAUUUUAACAGCCACUUAAUGCCAGGUGUUUUAAUGGAUUAAGUAAAUAACACAAGACACCAUGAGAACACUUGGAGAAUUUGAGAACUUGGCACUUCUUCAUUUGAAAGCCUGCAGUCUCAUCUACCUGGAAGGUGUCUCAAUAUAUUCAUCAGUCUGAAAUCAGCCACUGAUAUCCCUUGUUGUCCCUCUCUUAUCACGUGUGUCUCUCUAGUUCAGGUUUCUGUUCUUUUCAAAGAAGAGGAAAUCUUUCUACCUUAUAAAGGAACUGGGCCAAGUUUCAUACUGUUUGUGCUGUAUACUUGUUAAACUUGUAAGAGAGGUCCUUGUCCAGGCACCUUCAAUCUAAAUGACCUCCCACUGUACACCCAGGUUUUUCAUUUUUUCUUAGUGGGAGUUCUGAUUAGUACAAAUUAAGGAUCAGCUGAUGUCUAGAAAGUGGUAAAAAGAAGCUGAGUUGUGUUUUCUUUGGAAGAGUGGCUGUCCGCACCCUUAGUAGGUCUUCCUCCUGUAGGGCACUGAGACACAGUUCCAGUCUGCCUUUGACAGUGGUCUGUUUUUGUCUCUGAGAAGCUGUCUCCUGGUCCCUCAGACAGUGUCUGCAUAGCCUCCACAGAACCAUUGCACUUUCCCUUUUCUGCAGUUCCCAGCAAAUGGGUUGGGAAGAGGCAACACUGUCCCUGUGGCUGGAAGGAGGAAAUAAAACAUGCGGAGACAGCUGUGUGUGGAUUACUCCACAUUUCCCAGCAAGGUGCCACAGAUGUGUCUGAGUGGAUUUUCCAAAAGCUGCUAAGCGAGGAUAUGUAGGAAUAUUCCUGUCUGCCAGCCUUUUGGGUUUCAAAUAGGAUUAGUGCAGUCAUAGCACUGGGGAGUGCUGAGCAUGGCGCCCCAGGAGAAGGCAUUUACCUUCACAAUUAAGAAGUUCCACAAGGCAACAUGUUGCAGCCAUUACAGGAUGUUACUUGCUUGGUCCUGGAUCUGUUAGGACCUCACUGUAACAGGCACUUUUGGUGCAUACAGCUGAUGAGCUGGUUUUGCUCUAACCUAUCAAUGGAGGACUGAAAACGGUCUUGUCAACAGUGCGCUGAACAUGCCAAAGAAAAAGUAUUAGUCUAAGAAACUUUUUUAUCUCUCAGAAAUUGAGAUUAAUGAAAUAAAUUAAUGGCUGGGAGUUGAAGCCAGCGAAAGAAGACAGACAUUAGGAGGAAAUUGAGUGACAAAUGGUUACAAUCAGAAUUAUCAGGGAAAGUGGUCUCUUGAUAUCCUUAAAGAAUAGAAGGUGUACUUCAGAUAAAACUAAAGUUACUAGACGAUUAUCACCUUGGUCUCUCUAGUCUCAAUUUUGUGAAUCUGCAUUGUUGCAUGUAUGUGUACAGUCUGCUAUGCAGUCUUAACUUGUGUGACUGGGUCUUUGCAGAAGGUAGUUAACAUUUAUUUGAAUAUUACCAAGUAAUACUGCCCUCCAUGAGUGGGCAUACAGUGUCCUCUUUCAAUUACAGACAGUUCUCAGACACGGAGUCUAUACAGCAAGACCUUUUACCCUUCAGUUUUCCUCUUACAAAAUACCCACCUGGCUCCAUAGAUCUACAAAGGGAAAUAAAUGUCCAAGAGACUUACAGUUUCGGGGAAUAUCACAGUUUUUAAACUGGACUUGAAUAAAUCAAUAAAAGGGUGCUAUUUUUUUUUUUUUGUCUUGAUAAACAGCUGGAUAUCCUUGAUCAAGAUAACUGUAGCAACAUCUGCAUCUUUUCUAAUCUGUGCAUUUUUACAGGGCAGAUAAAGCAGCACCUAAAAAUUGUCACCAAAAGAUUGUAUAGCAUAGUAGGGUGGACUGGCUUUCAUGACAGCAUAUCAACUAAAAAUACUUGUGGCAAUGAAAAACCUAAUUGAUUUAAAAUUGUAGAAGAAGCUAUCCAGUGUUUAGUUAAUUAAUCUCAAAAUUGUGGUGGGAUUUGAAGCAUAUGGACAAUUAAAAUAUACAAAAUUAUUGUAUAUCCUGUGUUCCUGUCCAGCAUUGAAGUUCUUGACCUUGACAAUAAAAAAUAUCCGUGUUCUGAAAGAAGUCUCAUUUGUCUCUUCUAUUAAAAUUGUCAGCUUGCACCCAUUUUUCCACUUUCACAUUUUGUAAAUUGGACUUCUUCCUACUUAAGAAAGGAUGGCAUGUGAUCUAAUGGGAGUGGAUCAAACUACAACUUUGUUUUGGUUCCUAGAAGCAAAUCUUGAUUUCUUAAACUAAAGAAUUCCACUUUUUCCACCUUAAGUAGUUUUCAUUGCUUUCCUUCAAAAUAUCUUAGAUUUUUCCCAGAUAUGAUUUCAUUGAAAGCUAAUUAAUUUCUCCUCUGUUUCCCCUUUAUUGAAGCAUACAGAGGCAGUAAGUUUUUUCCUAGUGCUACUUAAGGAAAUGUUAAUACUGUUUAAAUAUUUUCUUCCUCAUUUUGUGUCUUACUUGGAUGCAGAGUGACACCCCUUAAAAAUGGAUGCUUGGCAACUUUCAUGUAAUUCAAGAGGUCGAACCCAGCCUUGGCAUACUUCCACUGUAUCCAAUAAAGUUAUGAUUGCUUUGCAGAGAAACUGGCUAAAACUGUUUCUAGAUUGAUUGAGGUAAUCCUCCCUGUGAUGCUUAUGAAAUAGAAACUCCUCAUGACAUGAGAUGGAUCAGUGCUGCUCAGAAUUAUUUUAGGUAGAAGCAAAACAUAAUCACAACAUCAAAAUACCUAUAACUAAUUUGUUACCUCUUUUUGUAUUUUGGUGUUACCUGAAAAGAUCUCAAAUUCUUUCUGCACAUGAAAGAGUAUACUUUUGCAUAACUGCAGUUUUAUGCCUUCUUGUGGUAACUGCAUUGUGUUACGGGAAAGCAAACAUUUGCAAGCUUUUAAAACUAAUUUGAGACAUUCAUACAGAUCUAGAAUAUGCACUGUAAUCCUGUUUAAAUACAGAUAAAGACCUUGUGGAAUUCCCAGAACAUGAAAAGUGGCUGUGAUGUAUUCUUUCAUCCUGAAAGACUGCUUAUUCCCUAUUAUUCCUAAAAUAUGUGCACUCUGUGGAUGUCACUGGGUUUCCUCCUCUUUGCCUGUAAUUGAAUAGUUACAGUAAUUUUCCUUUUCUACCACUGUGUGUCAUAGUCUGUUCUGGAGAUACAUAAAAAUGAUGUAUCAGCAUGUAUAAAUUAUACGCAAAUAAUUUUUUUCUU